UACUGGCACUUGGUCCACAGCCGCCUCCGUCUUGGCGAUUUAUGUGCUCGUCCAGAUACUUGGAGUCACACAGCACAGAAACGGAUGUCGACCAAGAUUCCCAUCUAAGCUCGUCCCAUUUGCCUGCAUUUGGCCCAUUAUCCCUCUAAACCGUUCCUAUCCAUGGACCUGUCCGAGUGCCUUUUAAAUGUUCUUUUAAAUUAAACUUCUGAAAUGUUGUGAGAGUCUCUGCCUCCACCACCCCCUCAGGCAGUGUGUCCCAGAUUCCAACCACCCUCUAGGGGGAAAAGAUUCUUCCUCAAAUCCCUUCUUUUGACACCCCAGAAAAGUUUCCUACUAUCUACCUUGUCUGUGCCCCCCAUAAUUUGAUAUGCCUCCAUUAGGUUCCCCCCUUGGCUUUGUCCACUCCAAGGAAAACAGACCCAGCUCUCUGGUUUCUCCUCUAACUGAAAUAUUCCAUCCAAGCCAACAUCCGGGUGAAUCACCUCAGCACCCUCCCCCAUGCAACCACGUCUUUCCUAUAGUGUGGUGACCAGAACUGCACACAGGUGCAAAUUGGCACACAUGCAAAUUGCUUUUAAAAACAACAGAGGGCAGUUAAAAAAGCAAUAAGGGGAGAAAAGAUGAAACAUGAAGGUUUGGUGACCAUGGCGGCUGACCAGGUCUCAGGUAAAGUCACCUUGUUCAAGAGGGAGGAGAGCGAAGCCGUGUAUCGCAUCCCCUCCCUCCUUUACCUCGACAGAGAUGCAGUUUUUUUAGCGUUUGCGGAGAAACGGAGCUCUUCCAGUGAUUUGGAUGCCAAGAGUCUGGUGCUACGGAGAGGGAAUUUUCAAGAUGGAUCAGUGAAGUGGGAGAAUGAGGUCCAACUGAAGACUGCCGGGCAGCCGGGCUACCGCUCCAUGAACCCGUGCCCGGUGUACGAGCAGCAGCAAGGAGUCGUCUAUCUCUUCUUCAACUGCAUCAAGGAGGGGGUGUCGGAGAGGCAGCAGAUCUUCUGCGGGAAGGACGCCACCAAACUCUGCUACGUGCUGAGCCGAGAUGCGGGGGUCACCUGGGGCCCGCUGACCGACCUGACGGACACUGUGCUGGGCCCGUGGGUCGGCCACUGGGGCACCUUCUCCGUUGGCCCCGGUCACGGCCUCCAGCAGGCGUGCGGGACGCUGAUCAUCCCCGCCUACACGUACAUCAUCAGCCAGAGCUGCCGCCUCCUGCCGCCCUGGUUCCGCACGGCACCCCACCCCUUCUACUUCUACAGCCAGGACGGUGGCGAGAGCUGGCAAGUGGGCGAGCCGGUGACCAAGUACCAGGCGGCGGAAUGUGAGCUGGCAGAGAUCGCCAUCGCCAACAACAACCGCGUGCUGUACUGUAACGCCCGGACGAAGGGUCAGGCAAGGGUGGAGGCUGUCAGCCUGGAGCCCGGGUGUUUCGAGAUUGCCCGCCUAGCCAAAGGGCUGGUGGACAGCAAGAGGGGGUGCCAGGGCAGUGUGGUGAGUUUCCCUGUGCCCGACGUACAGCCCAACACAGGGGAGCAGGUGUCCUGGCUCCUGUACACACACCCGACCGGGGAGCGCGGAUUCUGGGGCCACAGGCACAACCGCACCAACCUGGGCAUCUUCGUUAACCCCAGGCCCCUGCAGAAACACCAGUGGCGCGGGCCCUGGGUCAUCCAGACUGGGCCCUGCGGUUACUCUGACCUCGCCUAUGUUGGCAGCGCAGCCACCUUUGCCUGUCUGUAUGAAUGCGGCACGGACGUCUCCUGGGAGCGCAUCGUGUUCUGUCUCUUCUCCGCCAAGGACGUGAUGAAGAACGUCUCCUCGCGGCAUGGCAGCGAGCCAGCAGAAGGGAGGCAACUCCUAGCUGGGGCACUGUAAACACCUCUGCUUGUAUGCAUGCAUGGAACAUGCGUGCAUGCAUUUCCAUGUAUAUGUAACACAGGCACUGCAUCUUCUGCACACCAGGUCUGUUCGCAGGAUGCAGUCCCAGAUCCAGCCCCUCACCCCCUCCAGCUUGUAUUCCAAUUCCCGCAGAUCUGACCACAGCAACACCACAGCUCACAUUGGCUCAUCCCACAGUGACACCCAUUUGCCUGCCCUGUCCGGCUGGGAUCAAUGUGCCAGAAAGCCAGGUACAUUGUCACGGCCCCCGUUGAGAUCGGGUCCAGAAGGCGCUGUGUGUGGGGCGUCACCAGCUGGGCACAGAGCAAGAGGGGGAUGUGCUGCUGCUUUGUUUUUUUUUGCUGUACGUUGCCACAUGUAGAAUAUUUACAAUGUAUUAAUCACCAGUGGUAGUCGCAGUGCCAGCAUUUGCCUGUCCCUAAUUACCCCUGAACAGAGCAGGGCAGCUGAGGGUGCCUGUGGUCACCUUGAGCCCAGGUGUCCUUCCCUGAAGGACAUUCAUGAACCAAAUACCUUUUUAGACAAUCCAGGGGUUUCAUGGUCACCAUUAGAAGGUAUUUUUUAAUAAAGGUUUUUUCCAGA